AUGAGCACGCCGGCGAGGAAACGUUUGAUGCGUGAUUUCAAGCGCUUGCAAACCGACCCGCCGGCCGGGAUCAGCGGUACACCGAGCGAAUCAAACAUCAUGUCUUGGCACGCGGUGAUCUUCGGACCGGAGGGGACGCCGUGGGAGGGCGGAACGUUUAAGUUGACGAUCGCGUUCAGUGAAGAGUAUCCGAACAAGGCGCCGGUGGUGAAAUUCGUGACAAAGAUGUUCCACCCGAACGUGUACAACGACGGGUCGAUCUGUUUGGACAUUUUACAAAACCAGUGGAGCCCGAUUUACGACGUGGGCGCCAUUCUGACCAGUAUACAGUCGCUCCUAUGCGAUCCCAAUCCGAACUCACCGGCGAACUCGGAGGCGGCGGCGCUGUACAACGAGAACAGGCGGGCGUAUAAUAAACGCGUCGCCGCGGUCGUGGAGGAUAGUUGGAUGGAAAUCGGGGCGGGAACGGGAGCCGGGUGA